CCCCUCUUCCGGAAAUUUAGGGAUUCUCAAUCCAUUUGUUUGUGAUUUUUGGUGAUCUGUAGAUCAGAUUGAGUGUUUUGAGCUUCGAAUUUGAGCUGCACGUCGCGGAAUUUUAAUCCAAACCCUUCGAAUUGGGGAAAUUUAGGGUUUUUUUUUGCUGCAUUCAGUGUGAUUUCUGGUGAUUUUUGGUGAUUUGUGGAUCGGAUUGAGUGUUUUGAGCUUCGAAUUGAGCUACGUAGGUCGCGGAAUUGAUCGUGGGGGUGGAUUGGGGGAGAGAUGGGCGAGGGCGAGCGGUGCCAACUAGGGACCGUUGGCGCGCUGAGCUUGUCGGUGGUGUCGUCGGUCUCGAUCGUUAUCUGCAACAAGGCGCUCAUCAGCUCGCUAGGGUUUACGUUUGCCACUACUUUGACAAGCUGGCAUCUUCUGGUUACAUUCUGUUCGCUUCAAGUUGCAUUAUGGAUGAAAUUUUUUGAACACAAGCCUUUCGAUUCAAGGACAGUUAUGGGCUUUGGAAUACUUAAUGGAAUCUCUAUUGGGCUGUUGAACUUGAGCCUGGGUUUCAAUUCUGUCGGCUUUUAUCAGAUGACAAAAUUGGCUAUAAUUCCUUGCACAGUUUUAUUGGAGACUCUUUUCUUCCGGAAGAAGUUCAGUAGGAGUAUCCAGCUCUCACUUACUAUCCUUCUUUUUGGUGUUGGGAUUGCAACUGUGACAGAUCUCCAACUUAAUAUUUUGGGAUCCAUAUUGUCUCUUCUUGCAGUUGUUACAACUUGCAUUGCUCAAAUUAUGACAAAUACCAUUCAGAAGAAGUUUAAGGUAUCCUCAACGCAACUACUCUACCAAUCUUGCCCUUAUCAAGCAUUAACCCUAUUCAUUAUCGGUCCAUUUCUUGAUGGCUUUCUAACGGAUCGGAACGUCUUCGCUUUCCAAUACACUCCUUUAGUUUUGCUUUUCAUUGUGCUGUCCUGCCUAAUAUCGGUUUCUGUCAACUUCAGCACUUUUCUUGUGAUAGGAAAGACAUCUCCUGUCACUUAUCAAGUAUUGGGCCAUCUUAAGACAUGCCUUGUUUUGGCUUUUGGCUACGUUUUGCUUCACGAUCCUUUUAGCUGGAGAAAUAUACUGGGAAUUCUAAUCGCCCUAAUUGGGAUGAUCUCGUAUUCAUACUUUUGUACUAUUGAGAGCCAGCAAAAAGCUAGUGAAGCAUCUGCUCAGAUACCACAGGUAAGAGAAAGUGAGUCCACUCCUUUAAUCACCGUCGACAAUGGAUCAAGUGCAGUUUCCGGUGGUACUGAUCUUAAAGCGCCUGCAUGGAGCUCAAACAAAGAUUUGCGCGCAUGAGAACCGACCCGCUCGAACAACGCUACACACAAAUGGAGUAUAGAAUCUCAUUCUUCUAUGGUGAUGAGUGCCUCCGCAAAUUUGCAUAAAAUAUUUGUGUAGUCUCUCUUAGAAUAUUUCAUUUGGUUUUUUUCAUUAUAUGUAUAUGGGAAAUGUGGGAAUUGUAUAAGAAUAUUACUAUAAUCUCCACUAGUUAUUUUAAGUCCCAGAGAUGAAAAGAAAUAUCAGAGUAUUAGAACAAUUACUGUGUCAUGCUAAAGCUCUUUUUCACUUCUUUUUGGAGGAAGCAGUAAUUUGAGUGGAAAUUUAAGUGCAUUGCAUUUAUAAAGAAGCUCUGCAAUACUAA